AUGAUUGAAGAAAAUAUAUAUUCAAUAAGAUAUCAUAAAGAUCGUAUUCAAUUAAUAUACAAUGAGAACAUCCAAUCAGGUCGUGUUGACCCACAAUUAAUGUAUCAAUAUAUACAAUGUACAAGCAAACGUUUACAGAUUGAAAAUGGUGCUGAUCUUAUGAGAGAUAUGAAUCAUCAAGAAUCCCUUCAAAUACAAGAAUGUUUUGACAAUAAAAGGAUAAAUUAUGAAAAAAAUAUUCAAUUAUCAUAA